AUGUGGAAAGCGGCAAAUGUUACUUAUACAAGAUAUGCCUCAGAGAUGGCGGACAUUUUAAGGAAGUGCUUGAAAGAUCCCUAUUCUGAGAUAGCCUUGGAAAGAAGUAAAAUGCAUAUUAGAGAAACAAUAUACAAAGACGGAAAACCAAUUAGUCAAGAUCUCCAUGAAGAGUUCCAAAAAGCUUUCAAAAGUUUAAGCAAUAAUAAGGAAUGA